AACUCUCUCUAACACAAUCAUCCGCCCCACUCCCAAACCCCCCCGGACUUCCAACACUUGGAUUCAACCAUUUGCUCUUCACUCUCUUGUCCUUGAUUCACGCUUCCGAUCCUACUUUUUCUUUCACUUCCCAUUUCCGGUUCUCUACUUUUGACUCAGCCAUCUGCAGUACUCUAUUAUGUUAACAGUCAAGGAUUGGCCAUUGCCAAAUCCCUUUAGGCCUGUAGACAGUUAGGCAAAAACCCUUUUCCAUUUGCAUCCCACUAAUCCCAAAGGAAAAAACCCACCUUUUUGACAAACACCAUUAAAAAGAACUCACAAGGUGGUCUAUUAAUGGCUAAACCUACAGAUCUGUGGUUUUAAGUCUUCUAAACUUCGGUCUCUUCUAGAAUCCUCUUACGCAUUUUACUGAACUAGGUUUUUUAGCGGUUGCUGGAGGUGGGUUUUCUGCAAGAUCUAAUUAUUGAAUAGGAGAUUGUGGAAAGUUCAAUUAUUUCUGUUCACAGUAAAAGUUUUGGUUCUGUGGCUUUCAUAUAAAAUCCUGGUUUCUUCAGGUGCGUUCUGUACUUUUCCCAGUAAGUGAAAUGGGUUUCUGCAGAGGGGCUUCUUUCUUUCUAGCAAUGGCUAAACCUUCGGAUCUAUGUCAUUGAAUCUUCAUAUUGGGUAGAAGAAAUCUGAUUUUAGAAGUGGGUUUCCAUUCUUGUCACCGAUAAGACUAGGGAUUGUUUACUGUGGGAAAAGUGGCGGUAUACUUUUUGCUGAUUUAAAUAUGAUUCCUCUGUUGUUCUUGGUUGUAUUUGCUGAGGGUGUGGUGGCAUUCCUUCUACUGGUGAAGAUUGGGCCUCUGAGGGAGCUGGUGAUAAAGGGUUUGGAUCAGGUGAAGGUGGGAAAGGGUCCGGCCACCGUGAAAACAAUUGCUGGUACUAUGUCUGUGAUCCUGUUGUCAAACUUCUUUAGUAUUGUCAAGAUUCAGAACAAGGGUGCUAAGAUUGGUACUAUGACGCCCAUGGAUCAGGUUCUCUGGAGGACCCAUUUACUGGAGGCUUCUCUCAUGGGGUUCUGUCUGUUUCUAGGGUUCUUAAUUGACCGUAUGCACCAUUACCUUCGGAAAUUAAUGGGGAUAAGAGGUACCAUUGGAGCUUCGAAAGAAGAAAUUGAAAGGCUCACGAAAGAAAAGAUGCAGCUUAAAGAAAAGGAAGAGAAAGCUACCAAUGAAAUGAAGCUCCUGCAGAAAGAAGUCUCAUAUCUGAAAGAAAAUAUGAACAAACUUAAGUUGGAAUCUGAAGAGAAGGACAAACGGGUUGAAACAGCUGAAUCUCAUGUGGCUGCCCUCCAGAAACAAUCUGCUGAUCUGCUUCUUGAAUAUGACCGUCUCUUAGAAGACAACCAAAAUCUUCAGACCCAAGCUUUUGGAUAUCGGACUUGAGUGUUUGCAAAAAUAUUUCAAGUUUUUGGAGAGUUAAUCCCAAGGAUUCUGAAUCUUGAUGAAAUAGUUUCGAUUGGGGUUGACAUUGAUCUAACAGCACCCAAUGGCCAAGGAAAUCAUCAUGCUUCCGCCCUUCCAUCGGAGGAUGAAAUUGGAGUUUUCGAGGGUGAUUGCCCAAUGUUGGGAAUUUUGUAAUAUUCUCAUCUAGAAAUUUAGCCUGGUUUGGCUUUGUGUAAUCAUUUGAACCUGACUUUAGAUUUCCGUUGAUUUUGAUUGAGGUUGUGGACUA